CAGCCGGCUCAGAGGGGGUUACACACAUCACUCGGGUGAGGGAAGAGUAGGAAGAGAGCGGAGGGGUAAAGAAAGGACAGAAAAGAAGCAAAGUAGGGGGAUACUGCACUGUUUGUUUUUGUUGUUUUGUAUUAGAGGGGGAAGUCUGACUUUCUCUUUAAAUUAACGGAUAAAUCGUUUUAAACGGCUUCCAUCUUUAUUUGAACGAAACCAGUGGGCCACGAGGAAGACGCUGGAGUUUGAAGUGAUUUGAGCGUUUGUGGCUUACUUUCUAAAGCAAGACACGCGGUUUGUAGUCCUGUAAGUGCUUAGCGACUUGAUAGAUUGUCAGAAGACCGAGCGAAACAAAUAUCCAAGUAACUUUAUAUGACUUUAGAAAAAUUAUUAAGAAGUUGCCAAAUGCCAUUGAGUUCUGCGAGCAAGAAUAAACAAUAGCUCUAUUAGUAGCCUUUUAAAUCACACUGAUCUACAAACACGGGGAAGAAAACCUGAUCUAUAUGGCGGCUGUAGCAAGUCCAGAAUCAGAACCGAGCCAGCCAGCUCGCGUUUACUUCCAGACUCCCCCCGGUUCGACCGAGGAAGCCGAGACCCCGGUCCGCAAACAAGGACGGGUCACAGUGAAAUACGACCGGAAAGAACUGAGAAAGAGACUUAAUUUGGAAGAGUGGAUUAUUGACCAGCUAACGGAUCUUUACGACUGUGAGGAGGAGGCGAUUCCAGAGCUGGAGAUUGAUGUGGAUGAACUGCUGGACAUGGAGAGUGAUGUAGACCGUGCCGCAAGGGUCAAGGAACUGCUGGUAGACUGUUAUAAACCUACUGAAGAGUUUGUAGCUGAAUUGCUGGACAGGAUCCGUGGCAUGCAGAAGCUCAGUACUCCUCAGAAGAAAUGAAGCUUCUCCCACCUCCACCUUCCAUCAACCAAUCUCAUCCCUCCUUUUCCAAUUUUAGGGGUGUGACCUUUCACCCCUGAGCAGGUGCUCAUCCAAUCCCAUUGCCUCUUUUGCAUCCAUUGGGGAGGAGGUGGAGGCAAAAUGACGGGAGAUUCAAUCAGAUCCUUAUAAGCAGGGCUUAUUUUUCUCAUUUUAUUGGUUUUAUUUGUAUUUUAUUCUAUUUCACUUUGAAAAGGGGGAAAAUGUCAUUGUUUUAAAAUGUUUUGAAAUGCAUUUCAUGUUAGUAUACAUUACUGUGCAUAUGAUCUUUGUGCAUAGAAUGGUUUUAUUUUAUGAGUUUGUAUUUUUGUUAGAAUUUUGUUUUCAUUCGGUUCCAAAGCUCCCUGCUCUGUCUCAGUGAACACAUGGACUAAAAACCUUUUGUGAAACUGUGACGAUACUUGGUUAAAAAUGACAUCAGAAGAAGUUAGACAGAAUCUUUUGUGGAUUUUUUUACCCUCUGUUUUUGAUUUUCCUGUUGCUUGAAUAAGUGUGCAGGAACAUUCAUGGAAAUUUUAAUUAAAAAAAAGGAAAACUAAUAAAGCGAGUGAUUAAAGCUGAUUUAGCUGAGUGAGGGAGUUACUUUGGAUUUGUGGUAUUAACGGAAAGGGAGCCGUGUGUAGGAAAAAUUGGGUCUUUGAUUCUUGUCUUUAAUUUUCCCCUGUCUUACACAUACCACAAACACACACACACACACACACACACACACACACACACACACACAGAAAUUCAUGGGCACCACCACCCUCAGGGAUCAAGAGAAAUUACCACACACACAACCACAGCUGUGCCUCUUGGGCCUCACAUACAUCCACAGAUGUGCACACACUGACUCUUCGAGAGACCGAUAGGGAGGAACUGGAGAGCAGGCUAGACAAGCUGCAGUGCGUCACAGUCACUGCCAAACGUACGUUUAGAAUUAAUCCUCCCACAUGACUCUCCUAAAUCAUCUUUCCCAGGAAGCCAUCUGCUCUUUUAGUCUCAGCCAAUCAAACAUUAUAAUAAGAGGGCUAAUAGUCUCACUCAGUGCUCUUGAAAAUCACCAAUCCAACAUUUCCAGCAGGUGUUUUAGGAGAGCUUUUCUCAUAACAUACUAACACAUCACUAGCAUCUGUAGAUAUGAAUCAUUCAUAGAUGCUCCUCCUCAUCCCAUCUGAAUUCACUUAUGAAUUACUUCAAGUCAGGUACAAUGACAACUGUCCUGGAUGUUUAACACAUGUCUUCUCUCUUUCUCUGCUCACUCUUUUUUCUUUUCUAUUUUUUAUGGGCCCCACAUUUUAAUUUUCUGUCUUUAUUUCACCUGCUUCUCAGCAUUUGAUUUUACAUGAGUCACUCUACCUAUACUUUCAGAUGUUGCCUUAGGUUACAUUUAUGUUAUGACCACCAAAUUAAUUUAAUCUUGAUUGAGGAACAUACAAAAACAAUAGCUGCACAGUGGAAAUCUUUUUGACAUUUUAGAAUGAAAGGUUCUUGUACUUUCAAUGAUUCUUUUUCUAGAAAAGGAAGUUAUAUACUAAGCAAUUUUUAGAUGCAUUAACUAUUAACGUAAAAUCGAAUCAGUGCUGUUGGUUCUUUUCUCUCAUUGGACACAGGAGGAUUGAAAAAAAUCAGUUGGAUUUAAAAGAGAAACAAUAAUAUGAAUUUAGGAUAAAUGUAAACAACUGAGUAAGACUGUACUAAAGGUCAUGUCGUUUGGGGAAAAAAAGUAUCUUGUAGCAAUACUAAACUGUCUUGUUUGUUUUUUUGCCCAAUUUUGUUACACUUUUAUGCAACUUUAAUAAAAAUAUAUUAACUGAUA